GUAAUUGAUUGAAGAUAUUGAAGCAAAUAAACACAAUAACCUUUUUGGUACCCCAUUUAUCCAAACAAUGAAUGUGCCCAAAACUUGUGGAGAAAAUUUCCAUCAAUUAGUACCUUCAUUUAUAAGUUUCAAUUAUACAAAUGCACAUGCUAAUUAUCUUGUAAAACCAGUAAAAUUUGCUAAUAGAAGAAAGAAAAUGCAAAGCUUAGGAGUGAGAGCAAGUAGUGGUGGAGAGAAACAGAGUGAAAGGCGUAGUUUUUUGACACUAGAAGAAGCUGGCCUUGUUGAACUGUCCGGCCUCAGUACUCAUGAACGUUUUCUAUGUCGAUUGACGAUUUCAUCACUAAAUUUAUUAAGAGUGAUAGCAGAACAAGAAGGUUGUUCAAUAGAGGAACUGAAUGCUGGAAGGGUAUGUGAUUGGUUCUUGAAAGAUAAGCUAAAAAGAGAACAAAAUUUGGAUUCUGCUGUCCUUCAGUGGGAUGAUUCUGAUUUCCACCUAUAAUUCUUAGCCUUUUUCUCCCUCUAUUUUGAUAAUUGUGUUCACUAUGGCUCCUAUUGAAAGGAAUUAAAGUAUAAAAAUAAAGAAAGAUGUCUUCUUUAUUAUAAGCUUUAUCUCCUUGGUGCAUGAAACUUGAGAAAAUUGAAGGAAAGAUGUUUUUAAGUCUUGAAUAAAGUAUUGGUGACAUUGACCAA